GUGUACAAAUGAAGCAAAGGAAAGGAGAUACAAGUGUGAUUUUGUUUUUUUUUUCUAUUAUUAUUUUUUUGUCUUUAUUACCUGAGUCACAGGUGUCUCUAUUUUCUUGGAUCUCCCCUUUUUGCUCUUUGCUCUUUCGGUCCUUCUUAUUUCACGAUCCCUUUCGUACUCCUCACGACUAUUCUCCUCUGUUUCUGUCAAAACUCCCUGUUUUCCUAUGGAGUCUCUGAAACUAACUCGUUUGCUAUCAUGCAACUUAUCUACCAAUAUAGUAUCUCUAUCUCGUACAGGUUGCAGUUAUUGGCCGAGUAGGCAACUGGGGUUUGGUUAUUUGUUGAGAAGAAGUUUUCAAAAUGGGAACUUGACGGUUGUAAGAUCGAAGAAAACUGGAAAUGCAGGCGGGUUCGGCGGUUUAACCGACGGCUCUAAUUCCAAUGCUGUUCAAGAUGAAGAAGAAGAAGAAGAAGAACAGCAUGGUGUUAUGCUGUGCAUAGACAGGGAUGUCUCUGGCUCUGUUAUCGGCUUGCAAUUGAUUCCUCAAUCUGGUGACCAUGAAGUCAUUGACUCUGAGGAAGACGUGGCUACUGAUACCAAAGAAAAAGAUCAGGACAUCGAAGAAGAAAAACUAGAAACGAGAGUAACCUACAACAUUGUUUUUGUUACUGCUGAAGCUGCACCUUAUUCAAAGACGGGUGGAUUAGGAGAUGUUUGUGGUUCUUUGCCCAUAGCACUAGCUGGCCGUGGACACCGAGUCAUGGUUGUCUCCCCUAGAUACCUGAAUGGUACGCCUGCAGACAAAAAUUUUGCCGCUGCAAUUGAUUUAGAUCGGCGCAUCAAGCUACAUUGCUUUGGAGGGGAGCAAGAGAUUGCAUUCUUCCAUGAGUAUAGGGAGGGUGUUGAUUGGGUAUUUGUGGAACAUCCUUCUUACCAUAGACCUGGAAAUCCAUACGGUGAUAGUCAUGGUGCUUUUGGUGAUAGCCAGUUUCGGUUUACUUUACUUUGCCAUGCAGCAUGUGAAGCUCCAUUAGUGCUUCCAUUGGGAGGGUAUACCUAUGGAGAGAAGUGUCUCUUCCUUGUCAAUGAUUGGCAUGCUGGUCUAGUGACUGUGCUUUUGGCUUCCAAAUACCAUCCAUUUGGAGUUUAUAAGGAUGCUCGGAGCAUCCUUGUAAUUCAUAACCUUGCUCAUCAGGGAGUGGAACCAGCAGCAAGCUAUAAGAAUUUGGGAUUGCCAUCAGACUGGUAUGGGGCAUUGGAAUGGGUGUUUCCUACAUGGGCAAGGACACAUGCUCUUGACACAGGAGAAGCUGUCAAUAUUCUAAAGGGUGCAAUUGUGACAGCUGAUCGAAUACUUACGGUUAGCAAGGGCUAUGCAUGGGAAAUAACAACUGUUGAAGGCGGAUAUGGUUUAAAUGAGCUAUUAAGCAGUCGAAGGAGUGUUCUGAAUGGAAUUGCGAAUGGAAUUGAUGUUGCUGAAUGGGAUCCCUCUUCAGAUGAGCAUAUUGCUUUUCAUUAUUCUGCUGAUGAUCUCUCUGGAAAGGUUCAAUGCAAGACUGCUCUUCAACAGGAACUAGGUCUUCCAAUUAGGCCUGAAUGUCCCUUGAUUGGAUUUAUUGGGAGACUGGACUACCAGAAAGGCAUUGAUCUGAUCCGCUGGGCAACUCCUGAACUUAUGGAAGAUGAUGUGCAAUUUGUAAUGCUUGGCUCUGGGGAACCCCUGUAUGAAGACUGGAUGAGAUCAGCAGAGACAACUUACAGAGACAAAUUUCGGGGUUGGGUCGGAUUUAAUGUUCCAAUUUCUCAUAGGAUCACUGCAGGCUGUGACAUACUGUUGAUGCCCUCAAGAUUUGAGCCCUGUGGAUUAAAUCAAUUGUAUGCAAUGAGAUAUGCAACUGUACCAGUAGUUCAUGCCACAGGAGGACUUAGAGACACGGUAGAGAAUUUCAAUCCGUAUGCUGAAGGAGGUAGUGGUGAAGGCACAGGGUGGACUUUUUCUCCCCUCACAAGAGACAGUAUACUGAAGGCAUUAAGAACGGCUAUAAUGACCUACAGAGAUCACAAGUCAACUUGGGAGGGAUUGAUGAAAAGAUGUAUGGAGAGAGACUUCACCUGGGAAAGUGCUGCCAUUCAAUAUGAGCAGGUUUUUGAAUGGGCCUGCAUCGAUCCACCUUACAUUAUGUGAGCCUAAAAGAGAAGGCAGAAACACACCAAUGGCAAGGAAAGAGAAACCCUCAAAAGACCAAAAGGCUUUUUCAUACUCAAGAUCUCUUAGGACUUGUUCAUGGUUAAUCAAUCAGAGGGAAAAUUACAUGCCAGUAUUGUGUGUUUUUUCUGUCCCACCUCCCCAUCUGGCUAUGUGCUUCCACAACUGUUGCAUUGGUUAUUAUUUUUUUAUAAGAGUAUGAUAUAGUUUGGAAAUGCGCAUUUUUUAUUAAUUCUAUAUAGUACUACAAAAUUACCAUUGUAAUAUUUGUAAACAGAAUAAUAACGACACUACUGCCUUGUCAAAUGUUACCCAUACCAAGCAACGUUACUGCCAAGUACUGUGGUUAAAAGCUCAUCCUCCAAAUGCCAUUGCCUUAAAGAGUUGAAUCUCCAAACAAUCCAGGGCCGAAAAGAAUUAUUGUCCGUGGCCAUUUGCCAAUUCAGGUCGACAGUAACAUGCAGCUAUAGAGGCUUGCUUAGAGUAAGUUUUUCUUCUUGUUUGUUGCAAGAUGAGGACAAUUAACAUUAGCGUGUUAUCAUUCAUAGAAAAGAGUGAAAUUGAAUUGAGUUUAUGAAAAGGUAUGUUUAUUUAGGCAUCCUUUUGGUUGAGUUGAUGUUGAAAUCAAA